AUGUCUUCGCGUAAGAAGGUCCUCCUCAAGGUCAUCAUCCUCGGCGACAGCGGGGUCGGCAAGACCAGCUUGAUGAACCAAUAUGUAUGGCCGCGCUCUGCCCUCCGUCCCGACCCCUCCCCAUCGUCUUCGCGCCGGCGCAGCGUUAACAGUAUCUUCGGCACACAGGUCAACAAGAAGUUCAGUGCGAGCUACAAGGCGACCAUCGGCGCCGACUUCCUAACGCGGGAGGUCCUCGUCGACGACAGACAAGUCACCAUGCAGCUCUGGGACACGGCCGGCCAGGAGCGCUUCCAGUCGCUGGGCGUCGCCUUCUACCGCGGCGCCGACUGCUGCGUCCUGGUAUACGAUGUCAACAACGCGAAGAGCUUUGAGGCGCUGGACAGCUGGAGAGACGAGUUCCUCAUCCAGGCCUCGCCACGGGAUCCUCCCAACUUCCCUUUCGUUGUCCUAGGCAACAAGAUUGAUGUCGAGGAGAGCAAGCGAGUGAUCUCGAACAAAAGGGCCAUGACCUUUUGCCAGUCAAAGGGAGACAUUCCGUACUUUGAGACGAGCGCCAAGGAGGCCAUCAACAUUGACCAGGCAUUUGAGGUUAUCGCACGGAACGCCCUGGCUCAGGAAGAGUCGGAAGAGUUUAGUGGCGACUUUGACGACCCCAUCAACAUCCACAUCGACAACGACCGUGACGGGUGCGCCUGCUGA